CUUGCGUUUAUCAAGGUUAUGCUGAAUCAUUAUCCCAUUAUCAGAUGACUACUUGAGAUGCGGGUAGAGACAUAAUAAGGACUUGUGAACAGCACUUUAGAAACAGAGGCUGGCCACGAAAAAAGGGAGAAAGACACUGUGCACUACAGUAAAACAAGAAAAGAAAAUAGAAAUAAAAAAGGAAAAAGGAAAAAAGAUAAAAAAAGUGUGGACAACAGAGAAUAUAAGCUUAUUGAAUUAGACGAGUUGGAGAGGGUGAGAGGAGAGAACAAUGCGAAAUUAUUUUUUAAGUGUGUUUAUGUAUAGGAAGCGAGAGAGAAGAUGAGGGAGAGGUGAAGAGGGAAAAGAGAGAGGGUGAUAUGACAUGGUACUUGGUCAUUAAGAGUUGUUCCAAAGUUAGGAUGCCUUGAAAAUACUGUCCCUCUCUCUGUAUAAAAGGACACGUCUCGACAGACAGACAGACAGAAAGAGAGAUCGCAGACAGACCAAGCCACACAAGGCCCAGCUCCACCACCUCGUCCUCGACCCCGGGGACACGUCAAAUAAGUAUUUAUCAAGAUGACAGUUACAUCCAUGGAAGUUUCAUCACCUAAUAAUGUUGAUAAAUUAGCAUCUGCAUCUAAUGAAGAUCCUAAGGAGACCUAUAAGAAGCUUGAUGAGCCUGGGAGAGCAGAAGAAAAUAUGGAUAAUUCGGAAAGUAAUGGAGCAGUUGGGGGAGAAGCAAGAACUCAUACAAAAGGAGACAAUGAGGAGGGCAGUAAAAGCAAGAAAACCUGCUGCAGUGUGUUAAGGUCCGCUCAAUUCCAAGUAUAUGCAUCACACUUCCUUUCUUCUUGGGGUGAUCGCAUGUGGAUGUUUGCUGGUGGUCUCUUUCUACUAGAAGUCACGCCAGGAUCCCUUCGUUUGGCAGCAGUUUAUGGAGCUGCACUUGCUGUAACUGUUAUUCUAUGUGGAGCUCCUAUUGGUCGAUGGGUUGACAAUAACUCAAGACUCAGAACGGCCCAGAUAAGUCUGAGCGUCCAGAAUCUUAUGGUUUGCGUUUGUGCUGCUCUCCUAGUAGUGAUCACAACACAGCGGCAAUAUUUCACUGCUUGGGAUGGGUGGUCCCUAAUCUUGGCAGAGGCAGGAGUGAUCUUUUCAGCAUGUCUAGCUCAGAUUGGAACUUUAGGAUGUAAACUAGCCAUAGAGAAGGACUGGAUCAUAGUGAUAUGCGGAAAAGAUAAAACAACAUUAGCCAGAAUGAACAGUGUUUUAAGAACAGUAGACCUCAGCACUGAAGUGUUAGCCCCUGUCAUUGUUGGAACUGUGAUGACUGCUUUUGGGCUGGCUGCUGGAGGCAUAGUGAUUGCUGCGUGGAAUGUCGGCUCACUGCUGGUAGAAUAUGGGCUCUUGCAUCAUCUCUACUACUCAUCACCUGAUUUACAAAAGUCAAAGAAUGUUUCUGUAGAAGAGACUGCUAAAGAGGAAGAAAGAGAAGGAGAAGCAAAUGAUAAUGAAAUUCAGGAAAGGAAGAGAAAGAAAAGGCAUGUGGUUAUACAGCGUAUCAUUUCGGCAUGGGGAGCAUGGAAGGCAUACAUGAGUCAUCCAGUCAGAGAUGCUGGGCUUGGUCUUGCAUUCCUGUUUAUGACAGUGCUUGCAUUUGACAAUUAUUCUAGAGCCUUUGUGUAUGAGUCUGGUGUACCAGAGACAAUUCUUGGUAUUCUAACGGCUGUUGCAUCCCUGUCUGGGAUUUUUGGAUCCUUGGCCUUUCCUGUUCUCAGAAAGAGAGUGGGUAUAUCUAAGACUGGCUUAGUUGGCUUUGGAUUUGAAACAGUCUGCCUGUCUUUAUGUGUGGCAUCGGUAUUUGCACCCGGCAGUCCAUUCGAUGCCUCAGCCUUAUUACCUAACAGCAGGAUAGCCGAGGGCAAUAAUUCAACAGAAGCUCCAGCGUACUUAACAUACAAUAUAAGCACACUGUCAGGUGGAACGAAUAUCACUUUGGCAGAGGAAAAUGGGACCGUGACUCUUGAUGUACCUUUAAAUCAAAGCCCAAACCCUGAAGCUGGAGAAGAAAUUGUGUACACAUCGGUUAUUCUACUUCUUACUGGAAUCAUUACAUCAAGAUUUGGUUUGUGGCUAGCGGAUUUGACAGUGACACAGAUUCUGCAAGAGGGCGUGGAAGAUGGCCAGAGAGGAGCUAUUAAUGGUGUUCAGUCAUCACUUAACCAGUCACUUGACUUAUUGCGUUCAAUCCUUAUCAUCAUUUUACCAACGCGAUCUACUUUUGGGUUCCUCAUCAUCCUUUCAUUUAUAUUUGUAGCAACAGCGUGGAUGUUGUUUGCAAUAUAUGCUCGAAGAAACCCUACACCUGUAACCACACCAGAGGGAGAGCAACUCAAGCCAAUGGCUGUGUAAUUCUACAUAUGUUGUGAAUCAAGUUAAUUUCCUUCGAAAGACUAAAGUCAACUCCAGAUUUAGUUUAUCUUAAUUCGGCUUGAGACACAUUUUUUUUGUGAUCUUACUUUAAGUGCUUAUUUCAAAUUGAUUAUACUCAAAAGCCAUAUUUCAAAUUAAGCUACUGGUAGCUAGAGACUUAUUUCAACAGAGAAAUAUAUUUUAACUUAUCCAAGAGUGCUACUUCAGUUUCAUGCAGACUGAUAUGCGGAGAAUGUCAUAUUAUACUCAUGUUGUUAUUAUAUUCAGUUUCUUUCUUUUUUUUUUAAUAAACUUUUUUUUUAAUAGUCUAAAUGUUAAGAGAACAGAGAAGUGUAAAGUAAUACUGUUCUUUCCAACACAGUAAAAACUAUUGCCAACAGGUUGUGUUUUUGGUAAAAUAUUAUUGUUUGCUGCAAUCUCUUUGCCUUAAAUGUUUUCAUGGAAAACUAGAUAACUGCUCAGAAAUGUGUAUAUUUGUCAUUUAUAGAACCAUAUGAGGAUUUUUAAUAAUGUAUACUAUAGCACUAGACUAUAACAUGAUAUUUUAAAAUUUAAGAUUAUAAAGUAUGUACACAUGUAAGUUGAUCUAAAUGAUGUACUCUUCUAUUUUUUUAGUAUUUUGUUUGUAGAAAAAAAAAUGAAGAUUCAAUAAGUAUGUAGUAUUUUCACUUAGGGACCAUAUUACAUGAUAUAAGCAAUAAAUAGAACUCAGCCACCUAUGAUAAGAUGAACCAUAUAUAUGAAAAAAGUUAUUUGCAUCAUUAGCAUUUACCCUGAUGAAAAGACUUUUUUAUAUAAAUAAUAGCAUAACAAAAUGUGUGUGUGUGUGUGUGUGUGUGUGUGUGUGUGUGUGUGUGUGUGUGUGUGUGUGUGUGUGUGUGUGUGUGUGUGUGUGUGUGUGUGUGUGUGUUUGUAUGUGUA